CGGGCCUGGGCCCGGCGCGGCCCGUGAGGCGCGGCCGGAGCGGGGGACGCGCAGAGUUUGUUAUGUGGGAAAUAUGGAGAAUAAACAAUUGGAAGAGAUGGAAGUGAAGCAGGUAUAAACAACAACUGUCACUGGGUGUUGAGUGAGAAUGGAUUCUGGAACAGAGUAAAAUGCAAGCAGAACUGGACUGGCAGCAGCUCUGUGAGAAUGCUGGAAGUAAACGGUAUCAGAAACCAGAGGAUCUAACACAAAUCCUGUCUUCAGCAGGAGAGCAGAUUAAAGCUGAUCUACAGACAACCAACUACAGGCUGCCUGAAGUGAAGACUGUUCUUUCUGCUUUGAGUGUUGAGAGGGAACAGACAAUACAAGCAUCGUUCAAUCAUGGUAUUUUACCUGAAGAGGACAAACAGAUACUUCAGUAUGAAGCUAAAAGUUCGCUGAGCAGAGAUAUUUCUAUCUUGAAAAUAAAAAAGCUGCAGAAGGAGAAUGCCAACCUUCGGGGUGCUAUUGCACAAAUGAGGAAAGAAAUGGAGAGUCUCAAUGAGCAGAUGUCCUCUCUUCCUCUGACAGAAAACAGGCAGCUUGCAGAGCAAGGUUCACUGUGUACAAACAAAAUUUCAACUGGAAUCACUUCAAGCAGUAUCCAAGUCAGCUCAACUAACUUGGAUUGUGUAGCAAACCCAGACACAGAAAAGGGACGAAACCCCAAAAUUCUUGAAGAAAAGACAGUAAGUCUUGGUCAACAGUUACCAGAAGUAGAUCCUGGUGUUGGUCUUCAAUAUGGUGUCAGCUGCACUCUACAAGGAAUGCAAAAUAAACUGAAGGAAGCAGCAAGAAAAAUCUCAGUUCUAAGCCAAGAGAAGCAGCAGCUGAUUGAAAUGGGAAACAGACUCAGGGCAGAACUUGGAAUGUUAUUAAAGGAAGGACUUUCGCAUCCUGUUACUGAUAAGUGCUGCACAGUUUGUAUUUCCUCUGGUAGUCUUUUUCCAAGAGAGCUUGUCAAAAGAACACGGUGUCAACUAUCAGCUUUAAAGCAUCUACAGCACAGGCUUACAAAACAGAAGCUGCAGUAUGCAAAGCAACAGCGUCCCUCAAGGAUAUCUUCUCUGACUGCCUGCCGUAGCUUAAAGGAAGAUGAAGCUCCAAACAGCUGUGGGGAAGACACAGAAUUACCAUCCACUGAGGUUCAGCUAGAUUUCUCUAUUGAAAAUCAUGGCCCAGAGCAACGGAAGGCAAAUUCAUCCUCAAAGUUUGUUCUAAAUCAGCUACUCAGGCAGAAUCCUAGUCCAGUCCAGCAGGUCCAGCUUUCUUCUUCUAGAGCACAUAAUUUCUGCCAAGAUAUUUGGCAAACUUUAGAAAUGGAAUCAAGCCCUUCUAUUCUUGUUCCUCAAAAGAACACAGGACAAGUGGAGUUUGAAGUUACAUAUUCAACUGAGCAAUCUGAAGAAUCUCAGCAAAAUAUCAAAGCCAAGGAUAAACUUGAAAUGCCAGCUGCAGAUUUGACAGUCAGAGGAAUCAGUCUGGAAGUUCAGCAGAAGUUAAAAUCCAGGAAUUUAUCCUGUGCUUAUCCUAUAAAACAAAAAGUCUCUUCUAACAAGGCAAAAAUCCGCAACUAUAAUAUUAAAGACUGAUUUCUUGGUGGGCAGCAAGUUCCAGGUCCAGACUUGAAAUUAUCUUACUUUGAAAUCUAUAAAUCAGAUCUAAAUCACCUCCCAGGAUGGUAGCACCUGGAUGAAGGCACCAUCCCUUAAGAUGUUAAAAAAAGGGGUUGACAUGGUGUUUCAUAAGAAGGUCUAGUGGUUAGGGCUUGUAGGGUGGAUUGUUGGACUUGAUGAUCUGAAAGGUCUUUUCCAACCUUGAUAUUCUAUGAUUCUAUGAAGUACCAGCUUCAUUUUUGUGUGUUAAGUUGGGACAUUUACAGCCAGAAGAGAGAAUGAAUACCCUAUUUCACACUGUGAACCCUAAAAUAAAGGGUUAAUCUGCGUAGAUUAUGAGAUUACAGUCUUCACUAUUAAUACUGAUUUAUUUUAAUUACAUGUUAAAUAUUGCUUGCAUCUUGGAUUUAGAAGUGCCUUGUGCCUUUAGGCAGGGCUUGCACGUCUUUAGUAAAUACUUUGUUGAGAAAUUGUAGAUGUGAUUUAAGCUUGGAAGGGGGAUGCCUCAACCUACUUGUUUUCUUAGAAUUAUCAAUGCAACCGUUAAUCCUGUGAAGAUACCUUUCUACUUGAAAUAAAGGAAUUUGCAAAGAUUA